AAUACGCAACUUAAUCCUAGAAUAAUUAUUUAAAAUGAAGCCAAUCAUUAUUGUACACGGUGGAGCCGGGGAUAUUCCCCAAAAUCGCGUGCAAGGUAAAUUAGACGGGAUGCGAGUAGCUGUGACUAUCGGCCACGAAGUUUUGGAAAGGGGUGGCAGCGCUCUUGAGGCCGUAGAGGCUGCCGUUGUUUCUAUGGAGUUGGAUGAGAACUUCAAUGCAGGUUACGGCUCUGUUUUAAAUCUUCGUGGUGAGGUGGAGAUGGAAGCUAGCAUAAUGUGCGGUAAAAACUUGGAUGUUGGUGCUGUUACUCUGAUUAAAGAUUUUUUGCACCCAAUAAGCAUUGCGCAUAAAGUUUUGACUGAUUCUCCUCACAGUUUACUCGGUGCUGAAGGUGCUAAAUUGUUCGCUCUAGAGAAGGGUUUUGAAACAGUGCCACCCGAGUCUCUUAUAUCGGAAAACGCUAAAGCGGCUCUACAUAAAAUAUUAAAAGACGGUGACUAUACCAGGACUGAAAUUGGGGUCGCAGACGAGGGCGGUGUAGGAACAGUUGGAGCUGUAGCAAUAGACGCUGAAGGUCACAUAGCUGUAGCUACGAGCACCGGAGGCAUGAGUGGGAAAGCUGUUGGCCGAAUUGGUGACACGCCACAAAUCGGCAGUGGAACUUACGCCGAUGACAACGUAGGCGGCGUAUCAACCACAGGACAUGGAGAGACAAUCCUUAAAUUUUGCCUCGCUCAUACCAUUGUAAACAAAAUGAGAGACGGAACUCAAGCUGAUGUAGCAACGCGGAAUGCUGUAAACGAAAUGACAGCUCGUUUAAAGAAUACUGCUGGCGCAAUAACUUUGUCCAAGAAUGGAGAUAUUGGAGUCCACUUUUCGUCAAAUCGAAUGUCAUGGGCGUAUAUUAAAGAUGGUUCAAUAUUUUAUGGCAUUGAACCUGGACAAGUGCUUGUACACAAAUAUUGUCCAGAUUGCAAAUGAAUGUAUAUCUAUGUAUAUAUCUACAUAUUACAUA